UUGUUGCCAUCUUAGAAAAUACACUGUCCGAUGGUUUUGCUGCGGUGGAUUCUUACUAAAAGUGUCUGAUUCCGUCCGACUCAACCAACAUUAAUAUUGUUUUCUCAGGCUACUGUUGUUGGGAAGCAAGAAACCCCACAGCUGCACUUCAAAAGGGCAGCCAUGAAGAUAGCAUCUUUCAACAUCCAGAAGUUUGGAAGAAACAAAGUGUCCGAUCCAGAGGUCCUUCAAAUCCUUGUCCAGAUUAUCUCUCGCUAUGACAUCAUCUUGAUCCUGGAGGUGGUGGACAUCAGCGGCAGGUCGGUCGAGACCCUCAUGGAUGCACUCAACACGUCAGACACGGCCCAUCACUACACUUUGAAGAUCAGCUGUCGCCUGGGACGCUCCCGCUACAAGGAGCAGUUCAUGUUCCUGUACAGGGACGACCUGGUGGACCUGGUGGGCUCCUACCAGUUUGACGACCAGGUGACCGACGGCGGCGACGUUUUCGCCAGGGACCCUUACAUCCUGCGAUUUAGAUGCCACGACACAGUGCUGAAGGACCUGGUGAUGAUCCCAGUUCACACCAAACCAGAGGACUCGGAGACUGAGCUGGACGAGCUUUAUGACGUCUUUCAGCACAUGAAGAAGAAGUGGAGGACAGAUAACGUGAUGAUCCUGGGCGACUUCAACGCAGACGGCGCCUACGUUUCCGACCGCGACAUGCUGAACAUCCGCAUCCGCAGCGACAAGAACUUCCACUGGCUGAUCGGGGACGACGUGGACACCACAGCGAGCAAAGGGAACACACACACUUACGACAGGAUCGUGGUGUACGGAGACGACAUGUUCAACGCCGUCGUGCCCGACUCCGCCAGACCCUUCAACUUCCAGAAGGCGUUCCGCCUCAGCAACGAGCAGGCACUGAAGGUCAGCGACCAUUACCCUGUGGAGGUGGAGCUCAAGUCUCUGACCACACCACCAGCGGAAACUCAAGACUCACUGCUGGACGGCUCACUGCUGGAGCUGAAAAGAGGAAACCUGCUGCUGGAGAGGGAGAAGCUCAGCCUGGAGAUCCAAGUCCUGCGCAUGAAACUGUCCAGGAUGUCAGGAGGUGACGAGGAGGCAAACCACCACAGGCCUCCCAACUGUAAGAUGUUGUGAAGUACACCAAGUCAGGUGUUCCAAGUCUUUGAGCCACACUCACCAGCAGCAGCACUACCAGGUACUGGAAGCUCUCACCUUCACAUCCAACACAUCAAGGUGGAUCACUAACAGCACUUAAAUUGGUGUCGACCACACAAGUCUGGCAAAAAUAAUGUGCCUUAAAGUUGUUUUAUCAAA